AUGGGAAAUAGUCCGUCCAAAAAUGAUCCCCUACCGAAGUCGUCAUCAAGUAACAAAUCAUCAAAUGGUACUGCUUCUUCUUCUACCACUGCUAGCGGUACUGACCUAGAUCCUGAUGAGAUGGCCCCAGCGCUAUCUCAAUUAAUAAUAAAUUCUCACCUUACUACGAAUUCAACAGUAGAUACUGAUAGUAGUAAUAAUAAUAAUAACAGACAAACAAGAAAUACAAACAAUGGUUUAAAACAAGAAACUUCAAUGUUGUCAACAAGUAUGAUAACCACUACUGCAACUGCCCCGCAAAGAAUCCCGUCUACCAAGAGAAAACUGUACGCGUCGCAAGAGUCGUACGACUUUGACUUAGAAAUCGGAAUGUCGAUGGCAAAGUUGUUGAAGAACCAGGAGCUGACUUCCCUGGGUUCACUGAAAGCUUCCCCGGUGUUCACCACCAUCAGCAAUGAUGAAGAUCUGCUGUUUCUGUCAACAAACUCAAGUCCAAGAGAUCCGAAAAGCAACAAACAGUACAUUGACAAUGUUGCCCCGUUGAAUAAAUUAGACGUCAUUGCCGAAAUCCAUUCUUUAGAAUCGUCCCCUACUCCAAAGACCACUACAAGUAAGCUUUCCAAAAAGAACUUGAAGAAGCACGACAAGUCGGUGGCAAAACAAUUGACAAAGAAGAACCCAAGUAGUACCUCCAGUUUAUUGGACUCACCUCCCUUAGUUGGAACAACCCACAAGUUAGAUAUUGAUAUUGAUGCUGUCAUCGAGAGGUUGUUGGCAACCAAAAAGAAGUCUACUUCCCGUAAAUCAAAGUCCCAUUUACCAGUUGAAACUAGUGAAAUUAAAUAUAUUUUGAGCAAGAGCAGACUGAUCUUUUUGGAACAGCCGACUUUAUUGAAACUAUCUCCUCCCGUGAAAAUUGUUGGUGAUAUUCAUGGACAGUUUCACGAUUUAAUUAGAAUUUUCAACUGUUGUGGUUAUCCACCGCAUUCUAAUUAUUUGUUUUUAGGGGAUUAUGUCGAUAGAGGAGAAAAAUCGUUAGAGACUAUCUUGCUAUUACUUUGUUACAAGAUCAAGUAUCCAGAAAAUUUCUUUAUGUUGAGAGGAAACCAUGAAUCAGCCAACAUUACCAAAAUCUAUGGGUUCUACGAUGAAUGUAAAAGGCGAUUAGGUAAUAACAAGUUAUGGAGAAGCUUUAUUGACGUGUUUAACACUUUACCUAUUGCAGCUGUCAUUAACGAAAAGAUAUUUUGUGUUCAUGGUGGUCUUUCUCCUCAACUAGAAAAUUUCCGUCAAAUUGAAGAUAUCAAACGUCCAACUGAUGUUCCCGAUAAAGGAUUACUUGCUGAUUUGUUAUGGUCGGAUCCCGAUGCUCUGGUUAAGAACUUUUCAUUGACUAAUUGGCCCAAGAAUGAUCGUGGUGUAUCAUAUUGUUUCGGUAAGAAGCACGUCGAUUAUUUCUGCUCCAAAUUUAAAUUAGAUUUAAUCGUUAGGGGUCAUAUGGUCGUUGAAGAUGGGUACGAAUUCUUCAAUAAAAGAAAAUUGGUUACUGUUUUCAGUGCUCCUAAUUAUUGUGGAGAGUUCAAUAAUUUUGGAGCUAUCAUGAGUGUUGACAAGACAUUGUAUUGUUCAUUUGAAUUAAUCAAACCAAAUUAA